AUGGAUAGGAGAAAUUAUGAUGAUUUAUCAGAAUCAUCAAUGAGAUCAAGUCAUACUACGAAAAAUCAUAACAAAAAUUCAAAAAGUUCAAGUUCUUUGGAUCAUUUAGUUUCCACCGGGGUUUAUAUAGAUCAUAGAAAUCAAAAAGAUUUGGCUCAUAGCCACUCAUCUCCUGCUAAUACAAGAAGAAGAUCAAACAAUAAUGGAUUCAAAAAAGAUCAACCUAAUUCAAUAUCAUAUUUUGAUUCACAUCCCCAUCAACGUAUGCAACAUACAACUUCAUUGCCACUAACUAAUAAGAAUCUACAGUCAUUAUUAAAUAAAUCAGAUCAACCUGUGUCUCCAACUGGUGGUGGUGUCGCUUUAGAUAUGGAUAAAUUUGCUAACGAACAAAAAAACAUAGUUCAAUCAUUUAAUAUUCCUUUCGAAGAUAAUCAAAUACAAAAUAAUAAUGAUCAUGAAACUUUUUCAAUCAAUUCAAUGGAAUUUGGAGGAUCAAAUCCAAGUUCUCAUCAUUCAUCAGAUUCAACUUCAUUAGAUGAUGUUUUUAUGUAUGAAUAUAAUGAAGAAAAUAAAUAUGAAGACUGGCCAGAUUUAAAAGUCCUCGAAGAAUUUAUAAUUAAUGAAAUCCAAAACAAAAAUCAACAAGUAAUUUUUGGGAAAACAAAAAUACAUGAUGAAUCAAAACCAGCAAAAAAUUCUCCCCCUUUAGAUGAAGCAACAGAAACUACACCCUUGGUUGAUCACUUUCAAAUCAAUGAAGUUGAAUCAUUAGAUUCAUUAGGGGAGAAUCUCCGUGUCCGACCGACACCCAUACAACCAUGGGAUCAUUUACCUACAACAAUGCAAAGUCAAGAUCAAAGUGGACCUUUUAGAUUUACAUAUUUUAGAGAUGAUUUACCAAAGACAAUACAUUCAGCAAAUUUAUCAGGUUUAGUUGAUCCAGCAAAUAUUAGUGAACGUUUGGCAGAAUUAUUCCAAUAUACAAAUAAAUCAUCACCACCAUCAACAACUAGUGUAUCAUCAAAGAAAAAUUAUGCAGAACCAUUUUGGUUAGAUGUAUUAGAUCCAACAGAAGAAGAAAUGAAAGUUUUAUCAAAAACAUUUGGUAUUCAUCCAUUAACUACUGAAGAUAUAUUUCUUGGUGAAGCAAGAGAAAAAGUUGAAUUAUUUAAAAGUUAUUAUUUCAUUUGUUUUACUUCAUUUGAUGUUAUAUAUGAACGUAGGAAGCAAAGAGCUAAAGAACAAGAAAAGAAACAUAGUAAAUUACAAGAAAUUGAUGAUAAUAGAUCUGAAAGACAUAAUUUUUUUAAAUGGUUAAAUAAACAUAAAAGACCUUCAACUAUUGAGAAAGCAGUAAGUACUACGGUAAAAUCAAAAACUAAGAAAAUAAGAGAAGGUGAAUUGGCUCCAUUAAAUAUGUACGUGAUUGUUUUUAAAUCUGCAGUUAUCACAUUUCAUUUUUCAGCAACUCCACAUCCAAUAAAUGUUAGAAGAAGGGCAAGAAUGUUAAAGGAUUAUCUUUCAAUAACUUCAGAUUGGAUAUGUUAUGCAAUCAUAGAUGAUAUAACCGAUUCAUUUGCUCCAAUGAUUGAAACAAUAGAAACAGAAGUUAAUUCAAUUGAAGAUGCCAUUUUAAAAAUGCAUUCAGGAGAUCCAGAUACUUCAGAUGAUGAAUCAGAAGAUGAAGAAACUCAUGAAAAUGUAUUUGUUUGGAGAAAAAGACUGAAAUCAACAGUAGAUCAACAACAUUUUUUCAAUUCAUCAAAAUCCUCAAAAUCAUCAGCUUCAAGUUCGAAAAUUUUAGGUUGGAAAAGAAAAGGAGAUAUGUUAAGACGUAUUGGAGAAUGUAGAAAAAGAGUAAUGUCAGUAAUGCGAUUAUUAUCAUCGAAAGCUGAUGUUAUAAGAGGUUUUUCAAAAAGAUUUAAUGAUUUAGAAACUCAACAACAAGAAAUUGCAAUGUAUUUAGGUGAUAUUCAGGACCAUAUAGUUACAAUGAUACAAGCUUUAAAUCAUUAUGAAAAAUUAUUAGCAAGAUUUCAUUCAAAUUAUUUAGCUCAAAUAAAUAUUGAUAUGACAAAAGUUAAUAAUGAUACAAAUGAUGUUUUAGGGAAAAUCACUAUAUUAGGUACAAUCGUAUUACCUAUAAAUGUUGUAACUGGUUUAUGGGGUAUGAAUUGUUUAGUUCCAGGUCAAGAUUAUAAUGGUUUAGGUUGGUUUUGGGGUAUUGUUGGAGCAAUGGCAUUAUUUAGUAUUAUAGCAUAUAAUUAUGCAAGAAAAGUAACGGGAUUAUAA